AAACGCGCAGCUGUCAAAACAGUAACCACAAAUCAAGGCGCGUGUUGUGAGUCCCCAACAACACAACACCAGCAACACCGCCGCUACCGACUUGUAGCGAAAAGAGGAGCGCGUGUUUUCAACCUGCACGACUCACUUUACACAAUGGAAACCGUAGCUGGACCGGAGCCGGCUAACCCAACGGUGGAACCAGGCAAUGGCAUCGCGAUGCCGGCCAUGAGCACCACCACACCGCCGGGUCCUUCCACAAAAAAGCCCGCACAGAAAAGGAAGAAACCGACCGCGUCCCCACAACCGCCGCCGGGAACCGACACAUCAGGCGCCAAAUCAAAGGCGGCGAUUGAGCACGAUGGCACGGGUACGGCAUUGAACGGCAAUGAACAGCAACUGCAGCUGCCGGCAGGAGCGUCCCCCGCCACCCACGAUAACCCUGCACCGAGUGCCAAGAAGCAGAAGAAAAAACAGUCCGAAGAAGGGAAAGAGACGGCCGGCAAGAAGCCGAAACCGAACGCCAAACAGGUGCGCUUCCACAUCAAGCUGUAUUCGGCCCCGAAACAACCGGCCGCUACCACAACGGCCGGAAUAGCGAAGAAAAAGAAGGCCAAACAGCAGCAGCAGCAAACGGCUACCACUGUCGCCUCGGACCAGCACAAGCAGCAGCAGCAGCAGCAGCAGCAGCAUAAUGGUUCGGAACCGACGAGUAAAAAGUCGUCGAAAAAAAAUCGCGCCAGCGCGAAGGUGAACGGUGCGCCGGUCGGAUUGCCACCGACCAGCGUGGUCACUCCGUUGAAGCGCCCUUCACAGAUCAAGCAGGAACCAAAGACACCGACCAGGACAAGCAUCGCCCCCGGUGGUGGUGGUGGUGGCGCUAGCGCUAGUGGUACGGCGCUGCACGAGCUGGACAGUGUAACGAUCGGGCGGCAAACGUUCGCCUGGAUGAUUGGGCCCGGCACCACGGUCGAGGACUUUAUGCGCAACCACUGGGAGCGGAAGCACCUGCUGGUGCAGCGUAACGAUCGGUCGUACUACACCGGCCUGCUGUCCCGCGCCAUGAUCGACGAGAUGCUGCGCACGAACAACAUCGAGUACACGAAAAACAUCGACAUCACCUCGUACCGGGACGGGCAGCGCGAAACGCACAACCCGGACGGCCGGGUGCUGCCGCCCGACCUGUGGCACUUUUACGGCACCGGGUGUAGCGUGCGCAUGCUCAACCCCCAGACGUAUCUUCGCUCGGUGUACGAGCUGAACGUGAAGCUGCAGGAGUACUUCCACUGCAUGACGGGGGCCAACUUCUAUCUGACACCGCCGGGCAGCCAGGGUUUCGCGCCGCACUACGACGACAUCGAAGCGUUCGUGCUGCAGAUAGAGGGCCGCAAGCGGUGGCGUCUGUACGGGCCGCGCACACCGGCCGAGCUGUUGGCCCGCGUUUCGUCCGCGAACCUGCGGCAGGACGAGCUGGCGGGGCCACCGAUCCUGGACGUAGUGCUCGAGGCAGGCGAUCUGCUGUACUUUCCGCGCGGUUGCAUCCACCAGGCGGCCACCGUACCGGGCGCCCACUCGCUCCACAUCACCGUCAGCAUGUACCAGCGCAACUGCUGGGCGGAUCUGUUCGAGCAGAUGCUGCCGAUUGCGUUGGCGACCGCGGCCGACGAGGAACCGCAGCUGCGCGAAGGUUUGCCGCUCGACCUGCACCAACACUUUGGCAUCGUGCAUUCGGACGGCAUGAGCGCGGAACGGCGCCGGCUGACCGUGCGCAUGCGGUCCAUGUUCGACAAGCUGUUUUCGGACGCGGCGAUCGACGCGGCGGUCGACCAGCUGGCCAAACGGUUCCAGCACGAUGCGCUGCCACCGCUGGUGGAUUUUGGCGAGUGGGACGACACGGUGUACGGGGCCGGCAACUACGAAUUCCGACCGGACGGUACCGUGUGGUGUGCGCGACCGAUCGACGACCGGUCGUCGGUCCGGUUGCUGCGCCGCAACAUACUGCGGCUGGUGAGCGAGGAGGACAAGCUGCGCAUCUACUACCACACGGACAAUUCGCGCGAGUACCACCAGUACGAGGCCAACUUCCUGGAGCUGGACCACGAGACGGCACUCGGCGUGGAGCUGCUGAUCAAGAUGUAUCCGAGGUACGUGCUGGUCAGCAGCCUGCCGGUCGAGGAUCGGCUCGAGUUCAUACGAAGCCUGUGGGAGAAAGGGUUGAUCGUGUGCCGGCGGCCGGACGCGGAUGGGCCCGGCGCAGGCCCUUCCACGCCAUCAACCACCACCGCGUAAGGAGGAUGCGAACAGACAUACAGAAACGAAGUGUAUUUUUUGUUUAGGGAUAGGAUUUCAUACAGUCAAAAGUAAUCCGGUUUUUCCCUUCUAGUUUCCAUCUCCCGUUUACCUAUUUUUGCUCUUGUUUCGACCUCGACCUUUUGUUCCUUUUUUUUUUUUUUUGGUAAAGAAAGGCACGCUUGGAAAUAAAAUCAUUCAACACAGCUCAUGGGGCUCA